GUGUCGUAAAACUUCAGCGAAGAAGAAGUACAACCCGGAACAAUAAUAAACUCGUGUAACGUGAGGUGAAAUAUAUAUAUAUAUAACGUGAGUUAACAAGGCAUAUGCAGCCUUAAACAGUGUCAUCGGUUUAGGAGUGUGAGUUUGGUUCGUUUUCUACGAAUGGCAUCAAUUCUCAAACCAUACUUGUGUAAUAAUGGACCUUUGAUUCUGGACGGUGGACUAGCCACCGAGUUAGAGGCGCAGGGAGCUGUUAUACAGGAUGAUCCACUCUGGAGUGCCAGGCUUUUGCAAACCAACCCCCAGGCCAUUAGUGAUGCUCACUACAGGUUCCUUCUCAGUGGGGCGGAUGUUGUUACCACAGCUACGUACCAGGCCAGUGUUGCUGGAUUUGUCAGUCACAUGGAUGUGAACCCUGAAGGUGCCAGAGAGCUGCUGAUGUCUGGUGUGCAUCUGGCCAGAGAGUCAGUGAGGAAAUUUGUCAGCAGCAGUCAUUCAACAGAGCAGAGAGGACCAUUUGUUGCAGGCUCCGUAGGACCAUACGGGGCUUUUCUUCACAACGGUUCAGAAUACACCGGGACUUAUGCAGAGGAGAUGAGUGUAGAGGAUCUUAAAGUGUGGCAUCGACCUCAGCUAGAGUGCAUAACAGCAGCAGGAGCUGAUCUCAUUGCAUUUGAGACAAUCCCGAGUCUUAAAGAGGCGUCGGCUUUGGUGGAGCUGCUAAGAGAGUUCCCGAACUCUAAAGGCUGGCUCUCCUUUUCUUGUAAGGAUGGGACGUCUAUAUCUGAUGGCAGCCUAUUCACAGAUGCCGUGAGGAUUGCUAACAGAUCCACGCAGCUGGUCGCUGUAGGAGUUAACUGCUGUUCUCCAGCAUUAGUGGAGCCACUUCUGAACUCUGCCGAGUCCCUCCUGAGCCCAAACCUGAGCUGGGUAGUUUACCCCAACAGUGGAGAAGAGUGGGACAAAAAGCAGGGGUGGCAAAACUCAGGGAAAUCACAAGACUUUAUAACUGACCUAUGUCAUACAUGGGUGAAGCAGGGAGCCUCAUUAAUCUGUGGCUGCUGCCGUGUAACUCCCGAUAACAUAUCCGAGUUACGGCACCAUUUAAAAAGAACUGGCCCAUGUCCAGCUGCUGCAGUGUGACCACGGUGAAAAUGUGAUGUUCAUUGUUGCAUACAAUAAAUGAGUCCCAUAGAAUUUCUAAGAAAAAAAAAACAUUUAUUUUUAUACAUAUAAAUUAAAGAAAACCUUUAGCCUGUGUUAGCACAUAGCUGCAAAAACCAUGGCACCUUGAAAGUGAUAUUAAUAUUUUAAAAUAAACACGUAAAUGAAAGGAUAGAAAAUACACCAUGGAA